CAACACUUCCCCUCUUCAUUUUCAUGAUUUUUCGCUGCGUAGUUUCAAUGGUGAUGCUCGACGCGAACCCAAUAUACAGGAUGGCGUUCUUCCAAUUUACAGAUAGCGACGUAGCCACAAUUAAACCAAGGGUGGAAUACAUGACAUCGAUGCUGAAAGAGGGCCAUGGGACGGCGGUUACGUACAAGUCGCUCAUCUCGUGGAAGAUGCAAAAGGAAAAUGCCCACACCCAGGACCGACAUACCCUGUACAGCAGAAUAUUGGCCGACCCAGCUGUAGCCGCGUAUCGCAGGGCUCUAGAAUGGUAUGUAGUCACUAUUAGGCGAAAGUUCGAGGAGCUGUGCUACCUAUUGCCAGCCAGCAAGAUCGCCUGCAUAAAGUGGUUCCUUUAUGACUACUUUGACUACAUUGCAAGCGAUGAGUUUUCCCCGUGGAACCACAGCGACAUCAUUGACAUGGAAGAAUGUAUUGAGGCUCUACCUGUGAGGCACUAGCAUGUGUCUUAGACUGCCUCUAGAUGAGAACUAUGAUCUGUAAUUUAGAUUUGAUUAGAUGUUGACUUUCAAUAAGCCACACUGGG